AACAAAGGGCUUUACCCCUGCAUGGAUCCUCUGCAGCAGGCUCUAACAUAGGUGCUGCCAUACCCCCUGGCUUGAAGUGGUUUCCUUCAUAUUCACGCUUUAUAGUUUGGUUCAAUGGCUCUCAACAGCCCCACUACACAAACUGUUCCAGCUCCCCUGAGGCCAACCCUUUCCUCCCACUUCCUCCAGGCCUCAAAACUUUAAAUAUACCUAAACUAGUUUUGUCUGUCAAAUGCAGGAAGUGAUGAAUGGGAACUGUAGGGUUUGAUGAAUUUGCGGUCUUCUCUCUACCACUUCUCUCUACCACUUCCGAAGUGUGGAUGAUCUUAUUAAAUUAGAUCUUUAAAUUAAGGCAUCAUGAAAAGCCUGUAUGUAUGUGGAUCCAGCAUAAGUGAAAGGGGUUUGGUCACUUUCACAACAAUACAAAAAGGAGGAAGCGUGGAAAAAGAAUCUAGAAAGCAGUGAAUUAUACAGAAAGAAAAAGACUGAAGCCUCCAGGAGGGAAAAACCUUUAAAAAAAAAAACAGAAAAUCAUGAAACAAAAAUUCUGCAGCCAAUUAUUUAAAAUCAGAGACAUGAAGGAAAGACACAGCAGUCUACAUAGGACCCUCAACAAAUUCCAGGCUCAAGGUUCCACACAAAGAAAAGAAGUGGAAGACAUCGGCAUGACCACCAGGUGUUUGCUGCACAUUUGCCUCAUACUGCUCUUCUCCACUGAAAUCUCAUCUCAGCUCUGUACCAUGCUUCACUUCCAGCAGAACAAAGUGAACAAAGAGAGCUUGGAGCUUCUGGAGAAAGUGAGCGGAAAUCUCCCCUCACAAUGCAUAAAUGAAAGGGCAGCUUUCAAACCCACCCAGGAUGUCCUCCAACUCCCAGUGGCCCAGAAGGAGAAUGCCAAGGUGGUAAUUCAAGAGAUCCUCCAAGAGAUCUUCAACAUCUUUAGCAAAAACCUCACCCAAAGUGCCUGGGAUGCCACUUCCAUAGUCAGGUUCCAAAAUGGCCUUUACCAGCAAAUUCAGCGGCUGGAGGCAUGUUUGAGAGCACAGACAGAGAAGGGCUUAACCAACCCAGAAAGUCAGGACCUCCAGAUCACCAGUUGGAGAGUGAAAAAAUACUUUCAGGGGAUAGAUGCUUUCCUGAAAGAAAAGCAAUACAGCCUGUGUGCCUGGGAGAUCAUUCGCGUGGAAAUACCCAGAUGUUUUGUGCUGGUUGACAAACUCACUCGAAGGCUGAGUAACUAA